GUGCGUUUGGGGCCGUGAUGUCGGGACGCGGCAAGCAAGGCGGCAAGGCUCGCGCCAAGGCCAAGACGCGCUCGUCGCGGGCCGGCCUGCAGUUCCCGGUGGGCCGCGUCCACCGCCUGCUCCGCAAGGGCAACUACGCCGAGCGGGUCGGGGCUGGCGCGCCCGUGUACCUGGCGGCCGUGCUCGAGUACCUGACGGCCGAGAUCCUGGAGCUGGCGGGCAACGCGGCGCGCGACAACAAGAAGACGCGCAUCAUCCCGCGCCACCUGCAGCUGGCCAUCCGCAACGACGAGGAGCUCAACAAGCUGCUGGGCCGCGUGACCAUCGCGCAGGGCGGCGUCCUGCCCAACAUCCAGGCCGUGCUGCUGCCCAAGAAGACCGAGGGCCACCACAAGGCCAAGUGAGGAAGUUAGAAACAAGAAAAGGCUCUUUUCAGAGCCACUUCCAUGGUCCUAAAAAGAAUUGGUUUUUAGUGGCCGAGGACAGGCUGCCCCUGCACUAGGAAGUUACCACAAUGAUUAUUGUGAAUUGAGACUACUUGGGAAGCAGCCAGAUAAUCACUUGGAUCUUCGUGUUUAACCCGAAAGCAGGAAUUAAACCUACGUGAAAAAUGCUCUCCUUAUACUAAAAAGAAAUUUUUGUCACCAGAGUUAAGUGGACCGUAAAGGUUGAAGAGUUGUAGAAACAAACCUUAACAUUUUACUAAUCUAUCUGAGCUCAGAUUUUGCUUCUAUUUCCUCACUAAUUCAGGCUCAAGUAUCUUUUUUCUUUAUCUUGUCAAGUCCUCACACAUUUGUCUAUAAAGUAUAAAAACUACCUCCUUGGUCAUUUCUUUGGGGUUGAAAAUUUCAGUGGGCCUCUGCAUGUAAUAAAACGUGCU